CUAUAAUUUUUACUGAAAUCUCCUCUCAGAGUUUGGCACAUGUUGGCCAACAUCUGAUAAGUGAAUAAACUUUUGAUGCCAAUAACGGUAUAUUUGCAAAGAGGUUGAUGCUUCAAAUGUCUGAGGUGAGAGUGGCCUAAACAGGAAACGAUCGGGCUCUGUGGGCAAGUGCCAGCUCAGCAGGUGAAUUCUGGGAAGGGCUUCCUGUCCUCCCCUAAUUACCUGCCGUGGCCUUUGGAUGGGAUGCUGUGAUUUGGCAGCCUUGGCGCAUCCGUGCCUGGUGUGACCCAACCUCACCUCUUCCCAUGGAGCUUUUGUGUCUUUGAUUUGAACGCUGGCCCUCGUUGCUGGGCGGCACAACUACACGCCAAGUGUGGGUAUUUUUAGCUCUAGCCUCACAUCCGUAUGCGUGUAAUCAACUGUUUUCAUACAUGCACUCGCCAGUUUGUGUUUUUGGAUUAGUGUCUUCAGCAUCUUGCUCAGGGGAAGGUGAUACGCACGUCCGUGCGAGCCUCUUUGUCUGUUUUUGCCUUGUUUGGAUGGACGGCUUCAAAAAUGAGCAGCUGAGAGAGAGAAAGAGGGAGGGAAGUGAGUGAAAUAGAUGGUGGGGAAAACGAAGGGAGGGUAAAAGGGAAAGAGAGAGAGAGAGUGCAAGCAAGUGUACAAGCAAUCUUGGCUUUUCUCUUCUGAGCAGCCCUUCACACUGAGAAACAUGUCUUCUUUUUCUGAUCCCUCCAUCCAUUCCGUCACUCCUCCCUUCCUGUCACCCUGAUGUCCUGCACCCCCACCCUUGGAUCUUUUACAUCCUUUCCCUAAACUCCAUCUUUCCUAGAAGAUAAGCCUGCAGACUUCAUCUCACCAUCUGUAAUCCAUGCAUGGAGACAUGUGGAUGCUCACACACGUGUGCAAGCGGCUGCAUUGACUCUCAAGAGCGUAAAAUUAGCAGAAGGGACUUUACUAUGGGAAACUGCGUUAAAUCGCCGCUUAAGAAUUUCUCCAAGAAGGACCGGAAGCGCAGCUACAAAGCAGUGCAAUCAUGUGAUGAAGGAGUGAGAUCUGGAGAGGCCCUCGCGGCCUUGACUCAGAACUCAACAUACAUGCACAAUGUGCUCGGGCCUGCCUGCAUCUUCCUCCGCAAGGGCUUCGCUCAGAGCCGGCAGGCUAACAGAGAGCUGAGACCAGAGGAAAUGGAUGAGCUACGAGAAGCAUUCAAAGAGUUUGAUAAAGACAAAGAUGGCUUCAUUGGCUGCAAAGACCUUGGCAACUGCAUGAGAACCAUGGGAUACAUGCCUACAGAGAUGGAGCUCAUCGAACUGAGCCAGCAGAUCAACAUGAACUUGGGAGGACAUGUGGACUUUGAGGACUUUGUGGAGCUGAUGGGCCCCAAACUUCUGGCUGAGACGGCAGAUAUGAUCGGAGUAAAGGAAUUGAGAGAUGCUUUCAAAGAGUUUGACACCAACGGAGACGGUCAGAUCAGUACAGCAGAACUAAGAGAGGCCAUGAAGAAACUUCUGGGCCAGCAGGUGGGUCACAGAGAUCUGGAGGACAUUCUGCGGGACAUCGAUUUAAAUGGAGACGGGCACGUGGACUUUGAAGAAUUUGUGCGAAUGAUGUCGCGCUAGAGGAAGGGUGGACAAACCACAUGAAAAACUGGAUCUCUAGUGCUCCGACAUAAAUAGAGGAGGAUGAAGGAGAGGAAAAAUUAGGAGGAAACGGGAGCAGCCUCACAAGAGGAACUUCUGGAACAUGACCUCUGACCUCAAAGCACAAAUGAAAGAACUGCACUAUAACCCUUCAUAAGCCCAGACGCCAACAGUGGGGAUGAGAGGACGACUCUAAAAUAAACUGAAAUAUAUCUGUGUAACAGGGGUUUUUAACCUUUAUCAAAGCCUGCAAAGGGUCUGAUGCAAAAAAUAUGCCCCGAGAGAAACCAUUUAAAACUGAUAAAACUCAAAUAUUAAAAUAUCCAGUACUUUCAUUUACUGGCAUCUCACAUCUACUUUGUAGAGAGCAUCAGAUGAAUUGCAAUAACAUUGCUGUUUCAUAUUUAAGCUAUUUAUUAAUAUUUGUAAAGUACAUAGAGAUGAGUGUGUGUAGUUUCCCUUUAAAAGACUCUGGCUGUUUUACAGUAGCCUAUGAUAGAUUAUUACUCACAAAGAUUUUAUUUUGUAUAUCAAUGUACUGGUAAAUGCUGGAAAACUUUGCUAUCAGUCAUUUGCUAUUAUUGUACAGUACAUCGGACCUAUGCACUACUGUAUGAGUGGACAUAUUUUUGAAAUGUAGAGAAAGAUUUGCCAUAAAGAAAACAUUAAACUGCCCUUGUUUGCACACUGUCUUGCAUGACUGAUAGUGCUGAUUCAUUUGAGUCAACACAGCUGAGUAGCAUACACUUAUAAGCACACUUUGCAUAGUUUUGUCAUGUAUUUAAAUGUGGUAAGUUUAGUUAACAGUCAAAUGAGCAUCUUUGAUCUUAAUUCAUUAUUUGAGAUCUACUUUGUGUGAGUGAAUGUGAGCUUGAGAGGUUGGAUUGGUUUUCUUGUGUCUUAUUUGUGUGUUUUCAAGUUUGUCUUACCUGAGUUAUUCUAUGCAUGCCAAAAAACUUUUUGUAGAGUGUAGAUUUCAUUAAAAACUUGUGCAAUAAAA